UGGCAAACCAAGCCCCAAUUUAUAAAUCGAGCUCUUCUCCCCCCUAAUCAACUAGGGUUUAUCAGACACUUGAAGGCACCGUCUUCCAGGCGUAUCUUCCCACUAGCAGUCAAAAUGGUUAAGGGACGUCAAGGCGAGCGCAUCAGACUCUAUGUCAGGGGGACAGUCCUUGGUUACAAGAGAUCGAAGUCGAACCAGUAUCCAAGCACCUCAUUGGUUCAGAUUGAAGGAGUGAACACUAAGGAGGAAGUGGGUUGGUACCAGGGAAAGCGUAUGGCUUAUGUCUACAAGGCUAAGACAAAGAAGAACGGAUCUCACUACCGUUGCAUCUGGGGAAAGGUCAGUCGGCCUCAUGGAAACAGCGGUGUCGUAAGAGCUAAGUUCAAGUCCAACCUGCCGCCCAGAGCCAUGGGAAACAGUGUUAGGAUUUUCAUGUAUCCUAGCAAUAUCUAAGUGAAGAAGAUGAAGAAUAGGGUUACUGCUGCAGUGCUUCAAGGAGUCUACUCUUUAUUUAUAAAAUUUUCAGAGUUAAACUUCCUGUGUUUUUCAUAUUUACUAUUUAGACAUCGUUGUGUGUUGUAUGAACAAACACAUGGUCUAUUACAUCUGUCAUUUGACAUCCUUUUUAACUGCAAUAUCUAUUUUGAUCACAAAAGAACUUGAAGGCAUUUCUUCUGUUUUGUUCCAUUUAGAUCGUUCAUGACAGCAUUGUUUUCUACACAUCUUGAUUAUCAGUUGCUGCAUUGCGCCC